GGAUAGGCACACCAUUUAACAGCCAGCGACUCAGGACACAGACUGGCCAAACUAAAGGCUUCACAAUGCUGUACAGUUUAGCAGGAGGAGGCACCCUGUGCGGUGUAGCCGCCCUGGUGCUUCUCAUUGUUUCUACAGCAACGGAUUUCUGGAUGCAGUACCGCUACUCGGGCAGCUCAGCCAAUCAGGGGCUUUGGAGGUUCUGCAUUAACCACAAAUGCCACGCUCACACCAUAACCGUAGCCUUCUGGGACGCCACCCGGGCCUUCAUGCUUCUGGCCGUGCUGAGCUGUUUUGCUGGUACUGUGCUCGGCCUUAGCGCCUUCACUAAUGGCACCAAGAACAGGAGGGUCCGGACCGGAGGCAUCGCUCUGGUCCUGUCAGGUUUUCUUGCUCUUCUGGCUUUAGCUGUUUACACAGGAGUGACCGUCACCUUCUUUGGCAAACGCUUCCUGGACUGGCGCUUUUCCUGGUCCUACAUUAUUGGCUGGGUGGCUGUGAUUUUGGCUUUCGCAGCAGGUGUGUUUCAGCUCUGUGCAUACCGCCAGACCUCUGAAGAGCCUGCUCCUUCCAAUAACCCGGACAGCUGAACAGGAUAAACGCACAAAUGGUCCUUCAGACUGUUGGACUGAACAUCAUUGCGGAAUUUGCUUCUGAAAUAUGAAA